AAAAAAGACAAUUGCCCCUUCUUUUUACUCGUCCUUUUAUUACAAUUUUUUUCUUUCUGUUAAUAUCACUUUGAACACGAUGGGAACGCGUGCGAUUGAUUAUCGUGUUUCGGCUAUUGUCGUCUUGUGUAAAGACUGUGGCAACGACGUAGGUCUCUAUCCUGCACGUCAUGUUUGCCAUGACAAUCAGCGACCCUUGUUACCGGCUUCUGGAGAUAGUGAUUCAGGUUCAUCCUUUGCUUCCCACCGUUCUCAGAGACCAUGGAUCUCUCGCCAUGGAUCCGAUGCUUCCAUAUCGUCUGUGGAAAGCAUGAAAAAGACACGCGUAUCGUCGUCGUCUGACGAAGACGAUCCACAGCAUGAAUCCAUUUACUACAAGCAUUUUGAAGCUUGCUUGCCACCGACGACCGGCAAACGACUUUGGGGCGUCGUGCGUCAGAAUGAAAAAUUCAAGGAAUUAAAUGAAAAAAGUAAUACACACUGAGAAGCCCCAAAAAAGAAAAAGGAAGCAAAAU